GCCCCGGAGAUCAUUUGAACCGCGCUUUGAGGGGGAAAAGGCGAUUACCUGCUCUCCUGAAGGCUCGGAACGACCGUCUCCCCGCGAGCCGACGCUGGGAUCGCGGCUGGCGACCCCGCGCCUCCGCCGCCGGCCAUGGAGGUGGCUCCCGAGCAGCCGCGCUGGAUGGCGCACCCCGCCGUGCUGAACGCGCAGCACCCCGACACGCACCACCCGGGCCUGGCGCACAACUACAUGGAGCCGGCGCAGCUGCUGCCGCCCGACGAGGUGGACGUCUUCUUCAACCACCUCGACUCGCAGGGCAACCCCUACUACGCCAACCCGGCCCACGCGCGAGCGCGCGUCUCCUACAGCCCGGCGCACGCCCGCCUGACCGGAGGCCAGAUGUGCCGCCCGCACUUGCUGCACAGCCCGGGGCUGCCUUGGCUGGACGGGGGCAAGGCAGCGCUCUCCGCGGCUGCCGCACACCACCACAAUCCCUGGACCGUGAGCCCAUUCUCCAAGACGCCCCUGCACCCCUCGGCCGCCGGAGGACCCGGGGGCCCCCUGUCCGUGUACCCAGGGGCCGGGGCUGGGGGCGGGGGCGGCGGCAGCUCUGUGGCCUCCCUGACCCCCACCGCAGCCCACUCUGGCGCCCACCUCUUCGGCUUCCCGCCCACGCCCCCCAAGGAAGUGUCUCCGGACCCCAGCACCACUGGGGCUGCGUCGCCGGCCUCCUCCUCCGCAGGGGGUAGCGCCGCCCCCCGGGGGGACGACAAGGACGGCGUCAAGUACCAGGUGCCGCUGGGAGAGAGCAUGAAGAUGGAAGGCGGCAGCCCCCUGCGCCCGGGCCUGGCCGCCAUGGGCACCCAGCCUGCCACUCACCACCCCAUCCCCACCUACCCCUCCUACGUGCCAGCCGCCGCCCACGACUACAGCAGCGGGCUCUUCCACCCCGGAGGCUUCCUGGGUGGCCCGGCCUCCAGCUUCACCCCGAAGCAACGGAGUAAGGCCCGCACGUGCUCAGAAGGCCGGGAGUGUGUCAACUGCGGGGCCACGGCCACCCCUCUGUGGCGACGAGACGGCACGGGCCACUACCUGUGCAACGCCUGCGGCCUCUACCACAAGAUGAACGGGCAGAACCGGCCGCUCAUCAAGCCCAAGCGGAGGCUGUCGGCCGCCAGGAGAGCGGGCACCUGUUGCGCAAAUUGUCAGACGACCACCACCACCUUAUGGCGCCGGAACGCCAACGGGGACCCCGUGUGCAACGCCUGCGGCCUCUACUACAAGCUGCACAACGUGAACAGGCCGCUGACCAUGAAGAAGGAAGGCAUUCAGACCCGGAACCGGAAGAUGUCCAGCAAGUCCAAGAAGAGCAAGAAGGGGUCUGAGUGCUUCGAGGAGCUGUCCCGGUGCGUGCAGGACAAGGCCUCCCCAUUCAGCGCCGCCGCCCUCGCGGGACACAUGGCGCCCGUGGGCCACCUGCCGCCCUUCAGCCACUCCGGACACAUCCUGCCCACCCCGACGCCCAUCCACCCCUCCUCCAGCCUGUCCUUCGGCCACCCCCACCCGUCUAGCAUGGUGACCGCCAUGGGCUAGGGACCACCCCCAUGGACUGACGGAUGGACGCCACGGACGCGCUCCCAGGGCGUGGGGGGACCUGGUGCCCAGCCGGCCGGCCCACCCCAAGACCGCAGCCCCGCCCGCCCAGCUGGACACGCACGGCCGUCACUGUGAAGCUGCUCCCGGGCAUGGAGGCGCCCAGGCGGGGUUUCUGCCGAGGACGACUGUGAGCGUGAAGGACGACUCUGAAGAGACACGAGCGGCCGAGGGACACUCGGGGGCCGCGGAGAAGCGGGAGUAGGCGGAGGAAUUUAUCUGGCUCUGGUUUCUCACAAGGAUGGCGAGAUUUGGUUCUCGGGGCCAAGUGCCACGUGGCCAGCCCGCCUGCCUGGCUCUGGGGGCCAGGUCUCUGGGGGGACCCGGGCCCCCUCCACAAGCGCCGAACCCAGCUGGGCUGAGCCUCUCCCAGGGGGCCGCGCGGGUCUCCGAGGGCAGAGACAAUCACGGGCGGCCCUGUGUGGAUUCCCAGGCCAGGGCUGGGUCACAGGAAGGAAGCGCUUUCUUGAGAGGGGAAACGUCUCCCACAUCGCUCCCUGGUCCUGAGGCUGGAGCCAGCCUGACUCGAGCGCCCUCCACAGCCCUGAGCCUCCGCCGCCGCCUCGGCCGGGGGGACCCUGUACAUACGUCCUUUUUUCUGCUAGCCCCUGAACCCCCCCUCUUCUCCAACACCGACGCAAAAGAGAAACAUAAAAAAAAGAAAGCCUGCAUAAGCUUAACUCGCUGACGAGUUGUUUUAUUUUUAAACUCUUCGGGUCCAGUCAAUUGUACAUGGCCACGAGUGCCCUUGCUGUGGAAAGGAAGAAAACCUACAAACCCAGGCUGUGGCUGGAGAGACGCUCAGAGCGCACCGUCCUCGGACGGGGAGCCGGGGGCCGGGGCUGCUCCAGGCCUCCGGGGGCUGACCCGGCAGGUGGGUCUGUCCCUGCACCCAGGCGAGGCCCGCGGGCUGCCGGGUCCCUCUGCGCCACGCUGUGGGUGUCUGGACCCUUCCCAAGGUACAGCUGUACAUAGCCGUGUCCGAGCGGAGAGCCUGCGCGGGUGCGGCGGCUGGCCGGGGCCGGCCCAGGAAGACGACUGUGCUGGUGUAGGCCAAGUGCAAUAGGGGGCACCACAGCCGGAAGUAACUUAUUUUGUACUAGUAUCCGCAUAAGAAGAAGAAUCGGCAGUAUUUUCUGGUUUUAUGUUUUAUUUGGCUCGUUUUAUUUUGGAUUAGUGAACUAAGUUAUUGUUAAUUAUGUACAACAUUUAUAUAUUGUCUGUAAAAAUUGUAUGCUAUCUUCCUAUUCCUUCAAAGUGAAUACUGUU